AUCCGAUUUCCGAGGGCCCGUAGAUACAUAUCUGGGAGCUAUGUAAAGCUGUCACUGCAGUCAUUUCUUGACGACCAUUCAAGCACGCUAAACUAUUCUCGCAGUCGGAUUAAAGGAUAUUUCGAAAGUGACAAAGCCCUUGAUUUGCCAAAUAGAAGCGUCUCCAUGCCCAGUUUCAGAUUUAUAUUUGCGAAUGAUAAGUUGGCCAGGUUGGUGGAGGCGAAAAUGACGGACGGUGUGGGAUAGCA